AUGGAUAUUUUAGCUGACGACAGCCAGUUUGCUACAGAGAAGCUGAUGGCACAUAUAGCCGUCAAGGGAUUCCAACUCGGCAGCGUGCUUGGCCUUCUGGUCGUCUCGCCCGUGGCUCUGGUCCGCACGGGUCGAUGGCCCUCACGUGCAAAAAUCGGAACAUGGACAAUGACUGGUAGUGUGAUCGGUGCGAUUGGCGCUAGCGCUCUGGGAUUAGGAAAGAAAUCCACAUUCGAAACGCCUGAAGAGAUAGAAGACCGCGUGUACAGAUUACGGCAUAACAAAGGCCAGUUGCGCACAGAUAGGUUUUGGGCUUGUGGAGCAGUCAUUGGGAUGUUAGGGGGUGCUGCUUUGGGUUCUGGAGUGGUUGGGGGCUUAGGCCUGGGGCAAACAUUUGGCACGCUGGCCCAUAUCGGUACUUCUUACUUCUAA